AUGGACUCAGUUCCACCGGUUCUGUCAGGAGGAACGGACCAGAACUUCAGAAAACUUGUGAAAAAGGGUCAGGAGGCUCCAGUCUAUGUCAUCAACCUCCUCAUCUCUGAUCUCAUUCAGCUCUUCUCCAGAAUUCCAGUAGAUUUAUGUAGACUCAGUCAAGCUGAUUUCACAUACAUGAAAAUUGUAUAUGCUUGUAUAAAGGCCAGUGUGGGAUUCAUGGUGUGUAUCUCCUGUGAAAGGUAUCUGGUUGUUGCCAUGCCACUGUGGUACAGAUUCAGGAGAAACAUCAAGACAUAUGUGGUGGUCUGCAUUGUGGUCUGGUUACUUCCUCUUUUUUAUCCAUUACUUGCCUAUGUGAUUAAGGAGUAUGAGAUGGCUGCCCACUUCUUCAUAGUUUUUCUCCUCCUGCCUUUUCCCUUGUUCAUCUUCUUCCUGGUUGGGACUAUCAAAGCUCUCUCAGGAGCGGUCAGUGUCCCAGCAGAUGAAAAACGACGACUCGCAGCCAUUCAGGUUGUGGUGCUGAUUAUUUAUACUCUGCUUUAUCUGCCCAUCAUCCUUUUGCUCCUGUAUGACAUUAAAGCAUUGGAAGGGGAAUUGUCCUGUAUUCCCUAUGCUGUGGGUUAUGCUGCUGGUGCUCUUAGUCCUCUUGCUGACACAACUUUGUAUUUGUUCUUUCGGAAAAGCAUCCUGGAUACGUUUCUGGCUUCCCUGAGUUGUUGUAAAAUAUCUAGCAAUUAGGAGACGAUCAGCACAGAUAUCUAAAAGUUGCAGGUCACCGGCCCUUCAGAACUGGAGUUUGUCACCCUGGCUUACAUAGAGGCUAACAAAGAGG